AUAAAGUAUUGUGCUAAUUAUAUAAGGUUGUGAUAUGGAGAAGAUGAUCGGAGAAGGGAAGGUGGUGUGUGUGACUGGGGCUUCCGGCUACAUAGCCUCAUGGCUGGUCAAGCUCUUGCUACAACGUGGCUACACUGUCAAAGCUUCCAUUCGUGAUCUUAGCGAUGUUAAGAAAACAGAACAUUUGGUUUCACUUGAUGGAGCUAAGGAAAGACUUCAUCUGUCUAAAGCAAAUUUAUUGGAGGAAGGAUCCUUUGACUCUGUGGUUGAUGAUUGUGAAUGUGUUUUCCACACAGCAUCCCCUGUGCUAUUUACAGUCAAAGAUCCACAGGAAGAACUGAUUGAACCAGCAUUGAAGGGAACACUUAAUGUUCUGAGGUCAUGUGCAAAAGUGGCUUCUCUUAAGAGGGUAGUUUUAACAUCUUCUAUGGCUACAGUUAUACUCAGUGGGACACCGCCGUCCAGUACAGAUAUGAUAGUUGAUGAGACUUGCUUCUCAAAUCCAAUUUAUUGUAAGAAUUCAAAGCUUUGGUAUAUGUUUUCAAAAAUCUUAGCUGAAGAGGCCGCUUGGAAAUUCGCUAAAGAAAAUGGGAUUGAUUUGGUUUCACUUAACCCAGGAUAUGUGAUUGGCCCAUUACUACAACCAACUCUUAAUUCAACUGUGGAAAUGAUUCUGAAUCUUAUAAAAGAAGCAAGAUUUCCCAACAUGAUUCAUUAUUGUGUUGAUGUUAGAGAUACCGCAAUGGCACACAUUCAUGCAUUUGAGAUGGCUUCAGCCAGUGGAAGAUAUUGUCUAGUUGGAUACAAUAUACACAUGUCUGAGACUGCAAACAUUUUAAGACAACUCUAUCCCACUUUGACCAUUUCUAACGAAUGUGAAGCUUACCCUCUUGAGGAAGGAGCCCAAGUAUCAAAGGAGAAAGCACUAACUUUGGGAGUUAAGUUCACACCAUUGGAGGUGUCUCUAAGGGACACUAUUGAAAGUUUGAAGGAAAAGGGUUUCCUCAAAAUUUAAUUAGCAGUGCAUGUUGGAUCAACAUCUUAUUUUAUGGGCACAUAUGUAUAAUGUAUAAUGUAUAAUGCUAUUAUAAAGUGUAAUACAAAAAUAAGUAACCAAUUAUGUUAUAAAUAUCAUAGGGUAUUAAAGUGUCAUGGGUUUAAUAUGUAGAAACAGGAAAGUGAAUUUUUAAUUUUAUAAUGGGCGAAAUUGGAAAUCAUC